GUGGAUCUAAGUCAGAAAGUCUGUGUGGAUCCCCUUCUUCAACCAGUGCUGUUAAACAUGCUGGUAGAGUAAAUCAGGGAAUAGUUUUAUAUGAGGAAAAGAAGAAACAAAAAGGAAAAGUGUUCUUGAGUUCCCAAACAGGCAGCCUUGCCAAUAAAUACAUGGCUCAGGGAAAAGCCUCACAGAAGAGGACCCACCAAGAAUCAUGAGGGGACUGAAGAACUCUGAAAUUGCAAUACAGGCCGUCCAAUCACUUCAAAAAUUAGGUUCAUUUUGGCUAAAGCUUCUGGGCUCACAAGACAGCAGCACAAAACAAUCUUCAAUUUGAGUUUAAAGAAAACAUGGUAUUUUAUUUUAAUUAGAUUGCUAAAAGUCCGAGGCAAUGGAUUUUAAUGCAGUGCUCCUACUAUGGACUCCUGCUCUUAAUAGAUUAUUUGAACAUUUUAAUAGAAAGCCAUGAUGUUUGUAUUUGUUUACUAAGUAAAACGUGUAGAUAAGAGCAGGUGCUCAUUUUCAAGAUUUUAACAUUCAACAUGACCCUUUCAAAGUGCACCAAAAUUGCGUGCAAGCCAAAUAUUAUGUUUCAUUUUUCUUCAAAAAUUGACUUUUUGAAGGAGGAAAUGCUAUUUAUUAAUGUUGAUUGUUUACUGAAUCCUUGUGUAAAGUGUUUAAAAUGUUUGUGGACUACUACUGAUGUAUUUGCAAACAUUUUAUCUGCGGAGAAUUGAAAACAAACAUUAGUAAACUUUUUUGUGAAACUGC